AUGAGUAAACCAAUAUUUUUUAUUCUUGCAAAACACGCAGAUGAUUAUAAUUCCGAUGCAGAAGUCCUUGAUUCAGAUGUUGAAAUGCAUGAUGAAGAUGAUAAUAACUUAAAUGGAGAAGAUAUUCUAAUGCAGCGUAAUGAAGAUAGCUUGAUGAUUCCGGAAAGUUCGGAUCCUUCUUUGGAUAAUUCUUCAGAGAGUUCAUCAUCAUUGACGAUAAAGGACAACACUCGUAUAAUUGACAUGCCAUUUAAGUGCAAUAAAAUAGGAUGUGAUAAAAAGUAUUCAACAAAUUAUAAUUUAACAAGACAUAUGAGGAUUCAUAACGGUGAAAAACCUUUUAUAUGUGGUCAAUUAGGAUGUAAUAAGAAGUUCUGUUACUCUAAUGAAUUAAAGAGGCAUUUAGCAGUUCAUACAGGUGAAAACCCUACAAAUGUAACGGGUUGUGACAAAAAGUAUUACUGGUCUAGUGAUUUAUUAAAGCACGUUAAAUCCAAUCAAUCUUACAGCUGUAAUGAACCAGGGUGUGACAAGAAAUGUGAAAAAAAUUUUGUUAGUUUCAGUGGUUACAAGAGACAUAUUAGGAGACAUACUGGUGAUCAGCCAUUUCAGUGUAAUCAAACAGGAUGCCAAAGAAAGUUUUCUGAUUCUAGUGAGCUUCGAAUACAUAUUAGAACACAUACCGGAAAAAGACCCUAUAAAUGUCAUGAAUCAGGAUGUGAGAAAUCAUUUACACGAGUAGGUGAUUUAAAAAGGCAUAAUAAAAUUUAUAUUGGUGAAAAACCUUUUGUUUGUGCAAUAAAUAAUUGUGGAAAAAGUUUCGUUCGAUCCGAUACUUUAAAAUCACACGUGAAUAGAGUACACAAAGGUGAAAGAUAACUUGAUAGCAUAGGGUGACUUAUUUACUUGAGUUCUUUAGUUCUUUCCGAUAAUUGAAAUUAGAAUAUUAGAUAUUAAAAAGCAAUUUAAAUAAAUAGAAUUUUCAUUGUAAAUAUUGGAGCAUAUAAAAGUAUGGUUGACCGGAUAUAAGGUUCUGCAAAUGGACAAGUGUCGUGCUAUAAGUGUUUAUCAUGCCGGCACCUCUC